UUUUAGUAUUUUCCCGCCGCUCCCCUCCUCCACCUUCUCGUCUCGACCACUCCGCAGUGUGCCUUGGCCACAGCGACCGCUGCCUACUCACCAGAGUCCACCGCCGCCACCGCCGCCGCCGCCGCAGCCUCCUCCUCCUCCUUUCAUCGGAACGCCAGCCCGCCCCGCCGUCCUCUCCUCCACUCCGCAGCGGCAGUUUUGUGAGCUGAUUGCUGUACAAAUGGCAACCUGAGGAAAAAGAUGAGGAGGUUGUUGUGACCAAGGAUCUCGUUGCCAACUAGAUCUGAUCUUCAUAGUCAUUGGUCAUCAAACGCCAGUUUGAAGAAAGGAAGAAAGACCCUCUGACCUCGUAAAAGGUCAGGGAUGCCUCCAAUUGCAUCUGAGAAGCAGGUUAUAGACAGAUUAUAUGUCCGCGUCCGUCGAUCUGUUGUUACCAUUGAACGACGUAUAGGCAAUGAAUUUGUUGGAUUUGGUACUGGUUUCAUCAUUGUUUCGGAUCAGGAUCAAGUACUCGUAUCUGUUCAUGAGUCUAUAGUCAAGGAUGGGGAGAAACUGAGCGUUCGAUACUAUACCGGUGAUCUGCAUGAGGCCACUAUAUUUCUGACUAGCACACCAUCCAAGCAUGUUAUUUUAAAAUUAAGUCCUCUUCCCCGUUCUCAUCGCCAUCAUGUCAGCUUUAGUGAAAAAAUAGUUAGAAGACAGAAUAUUUUCACAAUUGCAGCGGUGGAAAAGUUCGGGGAUUGCGGUUUAAUGACUGGCACAAUAAGCAACCCAAACUGUGAAGCGGUCACAAGAUCAAACACAGCUAUUGUGCGCGGGAGCAAGAAUUUAUUUGCAAUGAGUUGCCCUGCGGCUGGACCGAAAACCAGAGGACAAUCAAAUGGAGAGGAUUUGCAGUUAGUCGGCGCUGCAGUAUUCGACAUGGAUGGCCUAGUAAUUGGCUCGGUUGACCGCGUUGAUCUGCGUGCCUUUGAUAUAAAAUAUUCAAUGAAAACAAGUUCAUUUUUGAAUAAUUUGGAAUGCUUGCUAAAGGAUAUGGAUGAUACGAUUGUUCUUUCAAAGGGUAAACAAGGCUUCAACAAAGGAGCUGGAACUAGCAAGCAAGGAGGUAGUACUGCAGGAUCAAGUAGAAAAAGGCGUCGUGAUGAUCCACCUGGAGGUGGCACAAAGACAAAAGAAAGUUUAUGCACAGAUCAACUCAAAGUGCACAUGGAGGUGGCCAGAGAAGAAAAUCCAUCCUUUCUUGGAAGAAAAGAAGAAAUGCGACGGGAACUUUUUAAGCAUGUCACCCGAGAAUCAGUGGAUGGUUCAACUUCCUAUCUUCACCAGGCGAUUGGGCUUUCUGAAGCAUUGGGCUCUGCUGUGUCCCCUGACUUUGGGGCAGGUGCUGGAACAUUAGACGCUCGCUUCAGAAAAGAAAAUGUGGGAGAUUCCCCAGCUGUGCUGUAGAAACGGAGGACCACCCUGAGGCUGCUGGGUCCUGGGAUGCAUGGAGCUCGUGAAACUUGCGCUUGAUUUGGCUACACUUUGUGUCGUCUUGGUGCUAUUUUGCUGUAAUUCAUGAGCACGGGUUGGUUAUGCACAUGAUGUUUGCUUUUGUAUUUAAAUCUUGAGAUCCUAUCUAGAGGUGUAAUGGAUCACAUGAAAGAUUUGUUUCGUUUCGAUGAAACGGAACUGGGCAUGAUGCCUUUGGAUUAA